CUCAUGGCGGCGGCGGCGGCGGCGGCGGCAGCGGCGGCGCUCGGCGGCCGGAGCCGGAUCCUGUAGCCGGGGUGUGGGCCCGAGUCAGUCCGUCUCUCCUUCGGCCCCCUCUCUCGUCUUCCGGAGUGUGGCUGGCGGAGCCCGGAUGGCGGAGCGAGGCCUGGAGCCCGCGCCGGCCGCGGUGGCGGCGCUGCCGCCCGAAGUGCGGGCGCAGCUGGCGGAGCUGGAGCUGGAGCUCUCGGAGGGGGAUAUCACACAGAAGGGAUACGAAAAGAAAAGGUCAAAACUGCUGUCUCCCUACAUCCCGCAGACACAAGAAACUGAAUCAGCAGUGCAGAAAGAACAUAGAAACCAGACACCUGCUCCAUGUGCAUCUCAAACUUCCGCUCCUUCUAAGUACCACCGAACUCGAUCUGGGGGAGCCAGGGAUGAACGAUACCGAUCAGAUAUCCAUACGGAAGCAGUUCAAGCCGCACUGGCAAAGCAUAAAGAACAGAAAAUGGCUCUGCCCAUGCCAACCAAAAGGCGGUCCACAUUCGUCCAGUCUCCUGCAGAUGCCUGCACACCUCCUGACACGUCUUCGGCCUCUGAGGAUGAGGGCUCUCUGAGACGCCAAGCUGCGCUCUCUGCUGCCUUGCAACAGAGCUUACAGAAUGCUGAGUCGUGGAUCAACCGUUCAAUUCAGGGAUCGUCCACGUCUUCAUCCGCAUCUUCUACGCUGUCCCAUGGAGAGGUCAAAGGAACCAGUGGGUCUCUAGCUGAUGUAUUUGCCAAUGCUCGAAUAGAGAAUUUCUCUGCUCCCCCUGAUGUCACUACAACUACCUCUUCUUCAUCAUCAUCUUCCUCAAUGCGCCCAGCAAAUAUUGAUCUGCCCCCCUCGGGGAUAGUUAAAGGCAUGCACAAAGGAUCCAACAGGUCCAGCCUUAUGGAUACAGCUGAUGGUGUUCCUGUCAGUAGCAGAGUAUCCACCAAAAUCCAGCAGCUUCUCAAUACUCUGAAACGACCCAAAAGACCUCCCUUAAAGGAAUUUUUUGUGGAUGACUCUGAAGAAAUUGUGGAAGGUAUACCUCAGCCAGACCCCAACCAGCCCAAGCCUGAGGGACGGCAGAUGACCCCAGUAAAAGGGGAGCCAUUAGGAGUCAUCUGUAACUGGCCUCCUGCCCUUGAGUCGGCCCUGCAGCGCUGGGGCACCACGCAAGCAAAAUGCCCCUGUCUGACUGCACUGGACGUGACGGGGAAACCAGUUUACACUCUCACAUAUGGAAAGUUGUGGAGCAGAAGUUUAAAGUUGGCCUACACACUGCUUAAUAAACUGGGGACCAAAAAUGAACCUGUUUUAAAACCUGGAGACAGGGUAGCCCUGGUUUACCCCAACAAUGAUCCAGUCAUGUUUAUGGUGGCUUUUUAUGGAUGUCUCCUGGCAGAAGUGAUUCCCGUGCCUAUAGAGGAUGCUGGAGGGCAGCAGAUUGGCUUCUUGCUAGGAAGCUGUGGUAUUGCCUUAGCUCUUACCAGUGAAGUUUGUCUAAAGGGGCUGCCAAAAACCCAGAAUGGAGAAAUUGUACAGUUUAAAGGUUGGCCCCGGCUCAAAUGGGUUGUAACAGAUUCCAAGUACCUUUCAAAGCCACCUAAAGACUGGCAGCCCCACAUCUCACCUGCUGGUACAGAACCAGCAUACAUUGAGUAUAAAACAAGCAAAGAAGGGAGUGUAAUGGGAGUUACAGUGUCCCGCCUUGCAAUGUUGUCUCACUGCCAAGCUCUAUCCCAGGCCUGCAAUUAUUCUGAAGGGGAGACAGUAGUAAAUGUUUUAGACUUUAAGAAGGAUGCCGGGCUGUGGCAUGGCAUGUUUGCGAAUGUGAUGAAUAAGAUGCAUACAAUUAGUGUACCCUAUUCUGUUAUGAAGACUUGCCCUCUCUCUUGGGUCCAGAGAGUACAUGCCCACAAAGCCAAGGUAGCUUUAGUAAAAUGUCGAGACUUGCAUUGGGCUAUGAUGGCACAUCGGGACCAAAGAGAUGUGAGCUUGAGUUCUCUCCGAAUGUUAAUUGUAACUGAUGGAGCUAAUCCCUGGUCUGUGUCGUCCUGUGAUGCCUUCCUGAGUCUAUUCCAAAGCCACGGACUGAAACCUGAGGCCAUCUGUCCGUGUGCUACUUCUGCUGAAGCCAUGACUGUUGCAAUCCGCAGGCCUGGAAUUCCAGGGGCACCUUUGCCAGGAAGAGCUAUUCUCUCGAUGAAUGGAUUGAGCUAUGGGGUAAUACGGGUCAAUACUGAAGAUAAAAAUUCAGCACUGACAGUCCAGGAUGUGGGCCACGUAAUGCCUGGUGGGAUGAUGUGCAUCGUGAGACCUGAUGGACCUCCCCAGCUCUGCAAAACAGAUGAAAUUGGAGAAAUCUGUGUCAGCUCUAGGACAGGAGGCAUGAUGUACUUUGGGCUUGCUGGUGUGACAAAAAAUACAUUUGAGGUGAUUCCAGUGAAUUCCGCAGGCUCUCCUGUUGGGGACGUGCCCUUCAUCCGGUCAGGACUGCUGGGGUUUGUAGGGCCGGGCAGUUUGGUGUUCGUGGUUGGAAAAAUGGAUGGGUUACUGCUGGUUAGUGGUCGAAGACAUAAUGCUGAUGACAUUGUUGCUACUGGAUUGGCUGUUGAAUCAAUAAAGACUGUUUAUAGAGGAAGAAUUGCUGUGUUUUCUGUGUCUGUAUUUUAUGAUGAGCGCAUUGUGGUGGUUGCGGAACAAAGACCCGAUGCCUCAGAGGAAGACAGUUUCCAGUGGAUGAGUCGAGUGUUGCAGGCAAUUGAUAGCAUUCAUCAAGUCGGUGUGUAUUGUCUUGCUCUGGUGCCUGCCAAUACAUUGCCAAAAACUCCUCUAGGAGGGAUCCACAUAUCUCAGACGAAGCAGCUCUUUCUGGAGGGAUCUCUACAUCCUUGCAACAUCCUUAUGUGCCCACAUACAUGUGUGACCAAUUUGCCAAAACCCCGACAAAAGCAACCAGGUGUGGGCCCUGCUUCUGUGAUGGUUGGGAACCUGGUUGCUGGAAAACGCAUAGCACAAGCUGCAGGAAGAGAUCUUGGGCAAAUUGAAGAGAAUGACUUAGUGAGGAAGCACCAGUUUCUGGCGGAGAUUUUACAGUGGCGAGCCCAGGCAACUCCUGACCAUGUGCUCUUCAUGCUGUUAAAUGCCAAGGGAACUACUGUGUGCACAGCCAGUUGCCUUCAGCUUCAUAAGCGAGCAGAGAGGAUUGCGUCAGUUCUUGGUGAUAAGGGGCAUCUAAAUGCAGGAGACAACGUGGUGUUGCUCUAUCCACCUGGCAUCGAGUUAAUAGCUGCGUUCUAUGGUUGCCUGUAUGCGGGGUGCAUACCUGUCACCGUCCGACCUCCUCAUGCUCAGAACCUUGCGGCCACAUUGCCCACUGUCCGCAUGAUUGUUGAUGUCAGCAAAGCAGCCUGCAUUCUCACCACACAGACCCUAAUGAGGUUACUGAGAUCCCGAGAGGCAGCAGCAGCCGUGGACGUGAAAACCUGGCCAACUAUCAUUGACACAGAUGAUUUACCCAGGAAAAGGUUACCUCAGCUGUAUAAACCGCCCACUCCUGAGAUGUUGGCGUAUCUUGAUUUUAGUGUCUCCACAACUGGCAUGCUGACAGGAGUGAAGAUGUCCCACUCUGCAGUCAAUGCUCUUUGUAGAGCCAUCAAGCUCCAGUGUGAGUUGUAUUCUUCUCGGCAGAUCGCCAUCUGCCUUGACCCUUACUGUGGACUUGGCUUCGCACUCUGGUGUCUCUGCAGUGUCUAUUCGGGUCACCAGUCCAUCUUAAUUCCUCCUAUGGAGUUAGAAAACAACCUUUUCCUCUGGCUCUCCACUGUCAACCAGUACAAGAUAAGGGACACUUUCUGCUCCUAUUCAGUAAUGGAGCUCUGCACCAAAGGGCUUGGAAACCAAGUGGAGGUGCUAAAGACCAGAGGAAUCAACCUCUCCUGCAUCCGGACGUGUGUGGUUGUGGCCGAGGAGCGACCCCGCAUUGCCCUCCAGCAGUCCUUCUCCAAGCUCUUCAAAGACAUCGGGCUGUCCCCUCGGGCUGUCAGCACCACUUUUGGAUCAAGAGUCAAUGUAGCGAUAUGUUUACAGGGAACCUCAGGGCCUGAUCCAACUACCGUGUACGUAGAUCUGAAGUCCUUGAGACACGACAGGGUUCGUCUUGUGGAACGGGGUGCCCCCCAGAGUUUGCUCCUCUCAGAGUCUGGAAAGAUUUUACCUGGAGUGAAAGUGGUUAUUGUUAAUCCCGAGACCAAAGGGCCUGUUGGAGACUCUCAUCUCGGAGAGAUUUGGGUGAACAGUCCCCACACAGCCAGUGGCUAUUACACCAUCUAUGACAGUGAGACUCUUCAAGCUGAUCAUUUCAACACUCGCCUCAGCUUUGGAGAUGCUGCCCAGACGCUCUGGGCUCGGACGGGGUACCUUGGUUUUGUCCGCCGGACUGAGCUCACAGCGGCCACCGGAGAGCGUCAUGAUGCAUUAUAUGUGGUGGGAGCUCUGGACGAAACGCUGGAGCUGAGAGGCUUACGAUACCACCCGAUCGAUAUUGAGACCUCCGUGUCCCGGAUCCACAGGAGCAUUGCUGAAUGUGCCGUGUUCACGUGGACCAACUUGCUUGUGGUGGUCGUGGAACUGUGUGGCUCUGAACAGGAAGCCCUAGACCUGGUUCCUUUAGUGACCAACGUGGUCCUGGAAGAGCAUUACCUCAUCGUUGGCGUGGUGGUGGUGGUGGACCCGGGCGUCAUCCCCAUCAACUCGAGAGGAGAAAAGCAGAGGAUGCACCUCCGCGACAGCUUCCUGGCGGACCAGUUAGACCCCGUCUACGUGGCGUAUAACAUGUAGCCAGCCUUGUGGGGCUCACAGGGGCCGUCCUGAAAACCACAAGGACCAAAGACCAGUGGCUAGGAGCGGGCUUUCAAAUGAUGUGAAAGAAGCUGAGAUGGUUACCUUAUAUCCUUCAUCUCAUCCUGUGGGAUUCUGCAAUCACAGGACCCACAGGAAAGGGGAAUCACGUGGUAGCAAAUGAAAACAACGUUAACAGUCCAUUAGUCAUGAGCUUUGACAUAGCGUGAGCAGCACGUUACUAAAGCAAUUACAUGCAUGUUGCAGUUUUGUCAUCUGUUGUAUAUACUUGUACUUUUAUCUAAUGCUGUUUUAGAAUUUUGUAAGGGAGUUUAAUGAAUUCACAUGAAGGGGGUAGUCGGAGUUCUCCAGUUCCCCGCUCUGUACUGUAUUCUGCCGUUUUACCCUAGCUGGACAUUCUGCGGGGUUUGUUAAUGUGGAACUACUCAGCUUAUUUUCCGCUGACCCAUAAGCAAAUCAAAUAACCCACUGAAUAUGAGAGUUACUUUAUAUAUAUCAUUCUUGAGAGUAAAACAUUUUGACCAGUGUUUUAAACGUGUAAAUAAGAAUACACACAAUUCAGUUAGAAAAUUGAAGAACUGGCGUGUGUAGUCAUGACAACUAAAGUAGAAACGUUUCCACUUUACGAGAAUUUCAGUAUUCUCUUAAUGCAGUGUAAUUGAAUAGGUAACUAAAAAGUGCAAACUGAUUGCAGGUUUCGCUGCACAUUGUACUAUGUCUCUGUUGGCUGAUGUAUUUUAUAAACUAAAGCUGCCUAUGUUUGUUUUUAAAGCUCGCAUUCCCAGAAUCAGCUUCAGCUUUUAAGAAUUCAGCCUGUUUCUACAAGCUGAAAAUCUCAGUUUAAAAAUCAAAUGGUUAUGAAAAGGCUAAGCUUCAUUAGACCCGCCCUAUCCUAAGGAACCACAAUAACCCACUCUGGCCCCCAGUGUUGAAACUGUGUUUCAGAUUUAGAGUGACUACAGAAGAAUUUAGGAUUUCCUCUUUUUCCAGGCCCAUUGUCAACCACGUCUCCAGUUUACACAUAGAGCUUCUCUUUUCGGAAAACUCAAGAGUGUCCUCUGUUCUUCCGGUUCAUAAGGGCAGGGAUUUUAGGAACAAGAAUGACAGGCUGGGAAGGCAGUGGGAUCAGCAGUCACGGGAAACCGUAAAGGCGACAUAACUACAGAUCUCGAAACUGACCGAUUUGGGUUGCCAAAAUAGCUAGGCUUAUGCUGAAAUAGGGGAAGCCUGAUGUAUGCAAGAAACUCUUUUGAAAUAACUGUGGUGCCCAGGCCAAGUGGACUGAGCGUGGGACUGAGUUGGCCUCUGGCUCGGUUUCCUUUCUUUGGUCUGAUACUUCAUGUAUUUGAAUAUAGUUGAAUUUUAUUAUUUUUUUCUUACAGAAAUAUUUUUAAAAAUUAAAAAAAAAAGCUCCAAGUGAACAGAGUUAACUUGUUAAAUCAGAAUGGUUCUCUUUGACCCACUCUGGUCUAUCGUGUAAAUAUUUAUUUAGACUAUUUUAAUAAUACAUAUUAUUUACCCCACUGUAACAUCAUGUAAACUAAAUAUGUUUUUAAACAAUUUUUAAGACUUGUAAUUACCCUGAAAGUAAGGUUUAUAAUGCAAAGCCCAGACCCUUCGUCACUCUCGGGGGCUGCCCUAACAGUCUCGUGGCUCCAAGCCACUUUCUUGCCUCCCUUUUACACAAGCCUCUUUUCCUCCCAGUUUUUUCUCCACUGAGGGCAGACCUCAAGACAUUUUCCAGUUCAGAUCUCUUUUUUGACAUUUUGGAUGAAAUUAAUUUACACAUGAUGGAAGAGGUUCUAAGAUGUACAGAAAAAAAAAGCACUUACAUUGGGGCAAGAAAUUCCAGUGACUAGCUAUGGUUCAGUUUGCAGAAAAAACAGCCUGCUUAUUUGGAAAGUAAUUUUCAUAAUCCACGAGUUCUAAGAAAAAAAUAUAGGCAGAGUCUUAUCCUAUGGGUUACUUUGAAAAUUCUUACUACACAAGUUAGGGUGUCUGCUAGAAAUAUAAUGUGAGCCACAUCGGUCAUUUUAAAUUUUCUAGUAACCACAUUUUAAAGUAAAAAGAAACCAGUGAAAUUGACUUUAAUAUCUUUCAGUUAACCCAGUAUAUAAAAAAUACUGUAAUUUCCACGUGGAAUUAAUAUGAAAAGUGACUGAGAUAUUUUCUCUUCUUUUUUUUCAUAUUAAGUCUUUGAAAUCCAGUGUGUAUUAAGCACAUUUCAAUUCGGACUACCCACGUUUCAAGUUUUCAGUAGCCGCAUGUGGCUAGUGGCUACAAUAUUGGGCAGAGGUGAUCUGUAUUCAUUCUUUUAAACAAGAUACGCCAUUAGCCUCAGAGUAUGGUCAACUCCCAGUUACUUAGAGCUUGCUUAUCUGGGUUUGUAGCUCCUCAGGCCUCUGAUUUAGCUUUAGCUCUUGCUUUCUACCUUGUGGCUGCUUUGUUGGUCUUUUGCAUAUCCCCCAAAGCCAAAAUACACUAGUGGAAGAAAGAAAGCUGAGCUGUGUCUUUGGGAACUUCUCAGUAACUGUGGUAAAGGAUCCUCUGGGAGGGGAAGAGAGUCCGGUCGUUAGCCUAUGGGUGCUUGAGGGGUCAUCUGUAGUUUUAAUGCCUAGUCUGUUACAGACUUGGAUAAGAAAGCUUUCUCUUGAUGACACAGGCCUCUUGCCCUUUCCACAUUAAGUAGAACUUUUGUGGUAGGAUGGACUCUUAGGACAGACCCAAAAGGCCAUUACCGACAGAAACAGCCUAGCCAAAACUCUGGAACACAUUCUGUCUGGGUUUUUAUUUUAUGCCUGUGAAAAAGACGAGAUUAAUAGCAAGCCCCCGUUUCACUUAAGAGAAAUCCAUUCAUCUAACAGCUUUUGAAACUCUUUCUGCCUCUCAGCAGAAGUAAUUGAGGUAGAUCAGGAAGGGGCUGCGUCAGGAAAAUUCCUAAGCCCAAGGGAUUCUUAGAGCUGCACAAAUGUCACCUCCUGCAUCAGUGAGACCCUGGGAAUAGCCGGCAUGCUAAGGGGCAUUGGUGUGAAUCCACAGCCUUUAUUUAACCUGCUGCCUCAGAAAGGGGGCCCGGUCUAGACCACCGCCACCAUCAAGUCCUUUCCUCACGAAGUCGUGCUGCCUCAGGCUGUUUAGGGACCAUUGCCUGUCUGUUGGUAAUACAAGUGUGUCUCCUUUCUGUCGUCCCUGGGCAGUGCUUGCUUAAUGCUUUUGUUGAAUCAACAAAGGGCCUGAGGCCUUAGGUUUUUUUGUUAAGGUCUCUGCCCCAGGCAUGGUGCUCAAUAUCUUGGCCAAAUAAAUUAAUUACUUUCCUUGAAUAUCCAGCAAUCUUUUAGACUAAAGCAAUGAGGAGUUAUCACCUCACCCUCAAACUCCAACAUGACCUAUGCCUUAGUGGUGUUUUGUUGUCUGCUUUGGUGUAAAAGCAAGAGUGUUUGGAGCAAGAAGCUGGGUACUCCAAAUACACAAUAGGCCUUUUCUUUAUCAUUCACACAACAUUUCUGGUCCGGGUGUAUGUAGAUGGGCCAUGUUAUUUGUCCACAGGAAGAGAGUGUAAAGAUCUAAGAAUAAUUUUUUAGUCCUAAAUGAUGUUUUGUUUACUUUCUGUCAAGAUAUUUACCAGUGUCAAAUUCAAACUAUAGUACUGUGUAAUUAUGUAUAAAGUUUUUUUAUUUAUUUGAAAUUAGACUAGAUACAUUUUUAAAUUUAACAUCUGGCUGGACAGUGUUCUAUUAACUCAUUGAAUGUGUUUCCUUUGUCUUGUGUUAAUAAAUAUUGAUGCCUGAUUGUGUUUAAUGCUUCACACAUUGGGAGGAUUGAUAAAUUGGAACUGAUAAAUUUUAAAUUUAACUUAGGAUGGUAAGACCUAAAGAUAGCUAGAGUUGUCUAAGGAAAAUGAACACAGAGAUCCAAAGUUUCAGUAAAUCAGUGCUGUAACAGGAAGGCAAAUCAAGGGACACAAGAGGGUCACUUUGAAAACUAAGAAGGUUUUGUCAGGAACAAUUAAAGUUGAAAUUUUC